AUGGAACCACACAGACUCACCGCAGCCGAAGCCUCCCAGCUAAUCCAAUCCAACAAACUCACCGUCGAAUCCUACGCCCGAGCCCUCCUCUCCAGAAUCUCAUCGCGCGACUCCGCUGUCAAAGCAUGGGUCCAUCUCAAUCCAGACGCCGUCCUGCAACAAGCCCGGACACUCGAUCAAGUCCCGGUUACCCAGCGCGGUCCGUUGCAUGGGAUUCCGGUUGCGGUUAAGGAUGUUAUUCAUACAAAGGAUAUGCCAACUGAGCAUAACUCCCCUUUAUACAAAGAUAGUCAUGUCCCCGUUGACGCCGCAGUCGUCGCGACUCUGCGCGCAGCGGGGGCUCUCAUAUUCGGAAAAACAACAACCACCGAAUUCGCCGCAAUGGUCGUCGGGCCUGAAACGCGAAACCCGCACUCGUUAUCUAGCACAAACACCACUGAUAGUGAUAAUGUUGGGAUUCGCACACCAGGCGGCUCAAGCUCCGGCUCCGCAGCCGCCGUAGCGGAUUUCCAGAUCCCUAUUGCAUUAGGGACCCAGACAGGUGGGAGUAUAGUGCGGCCGGCGAGUUUCAAUGGCGUGUAUGGAUUCAAACCGACCUGGAAUGCGGUGAGUCGCGAGGGGUGUAAGGUUUAUGCGAUUACGCUGGAUACGGUUGGAUUUUUUGCGAGGGGUGCGGCGGAUUUGAGGUUGUUGGGUGGGGUUUUGGGGGUGGAUGAUUAUGGUUUCAAACAGGAUGAAGAACAUCGGUUUAAAGGGGUGGGAGGGGCGAGGAUUGGCGUUGUGAGGAGUCCGGUUUGGGAGUAUGCGGGGCAGGGCACGAUUGAUGCACUGCAAAAUGGUCGGGGGAUACUUGAAGCCCACGGCGCCGUUGUGGAAGAGGUACAGCUUCCUGUGGAGUUCGAGAACAUGCUCGACUGGCAUAUCAAAAUCAUGGCUGCGGAAGGCCGUGUGAAUUUCCUGUCCGAAUAUCGAAAGGACAAGACGCAGAUCCACCCGAUACUGGCUGAGAUGGUGGAGAAUGGGUCGGGUCUUACGCGCGCGCAGGAACUGGAGGCGUUUGACGGUGUUGCGAUGCUGAGGCCGCGCAUUGAUGAGAUUGCGAAUCGGUUUGAUGCGCUGCUUACCCCUAGUGUCCCUGAUGAGGCGCCUCUGGGGCUGGAGAGUACGGGGAGUGCGGUGUUCAAUCGGAUGUGGACGGCGCUGCAUGUUCCUGUUGUGACUGUUCCUGGCUUCGGGGGUGAGAAUGGAAUGCCGAUUGGUUUGACGCUUGUUGCUGCGAGAUACCAUGACCAGCAUUUACUCAACGUUGCUGAGGCGGUUGGGAAGGUGUUUGAGGAGGAGGGAGGGUGGAAGUCGUCUUUAUAA